UUGGCUGCAGUCAGAUCUUUGGGAACACUCGAACUGGAAAAAAGAGUGAUCUGUUUUUCUGCUGUUUUAUUUCCCAACUUUAAAGUAAACUGACCUGAGAUCAGUCUAAGUGCUGUUUCUAUUGGAGCUAAACAGGAGUGCAAACUUUUUUUUCUUGCAUUUUCACUCGGAUGGUUUAUCUCCUGCUUUGUCUGGAGCAGGUGAACAGAUCAACAACCAGAACAGAGGUGGACGGUUUGCUGCCAACAUCCAGGUGCCGUCCACGUUAAACAUUUCCAUCUCUGCCAUGUCUGCCAACGCCACCCUUACAAUCCUUCCGCCCCGGGGCUGUGGCCCGGACGUCAACUCCCUCUACUACAACCUGUGCGACCUCAGCGCUGCGUGGGGCAUCGUGCUGGAGGCGUUGGCGGCGGCUGGUGUUGUCUUCUCCUUCGUGCUCUUUAUUUCACUUCUUGCCAGUUUGCCCUUCAUUCAAGACAAGAACCGAAGGUCCUCGGUGCCGCUUCACGCCUGGUUCCUGAUCUUCACCUUUGGCCUUUUCUGCCUCACCUUCGCCUUCAUCGUGGGGAAGGACUUUGCAACAUGUGCUUCACGGAGGUUUCUCUUCGGGGUGUUGUUCGCUGGCUGCUUCGCCACCCUGCUGAUGCAGUGUGUGAGGCUGAACAUCCUGAGCAGGCAGGACCGCGGACCUCGGGCCUGGGCCUUGUGUUUGGGAGCGUUGGGGUUGUGGCUAGUGGAGGUUGUCAUCAACACUGAAUGGCUGAUCAUCACGGUGGUGCGUCACCCUCAAGGGCCACUCAACAGUUCAGAAGUUGGACGAGCGACCGCUACACCCUGCAACAUUGCGAACCAGGACUUUGUGAUGGCGCUGAUCUACGUGAUGACCCUGAUUCUGGCCGUGGUAGUGGCGAGUCUCGCUGUCAUGGCAGGAAAACACAAGCAGUGGAAGAUGGAUAGCGUCUUCAUUCUCCUGACCAGCCUGCUCUCUGUGGGGAUCUGGGUGGCGUGGAUCGUCAUGUACGUCUACGGGAAUGAGCAGAGAGGAGGCCCCACAUGGGACGACCCCACGCUGGCCAUCACGCUUGUGUCGAACGCCUGGGUGUUCCUCAUCUUAUACACCAUCCCUGAACUCUGCUGUUUGACUGUUGAGGAGGAAACCCAGCAGGGAUACGGAGAAGAUCUGUACCCGAGCCGAGGGGUGGGAUACGAGACCAUCCUGAAGGAGCAGAGCUCGCAGAACAUGUUCAUGGAAAACAAGGCGUUCUCUAUGGAUGAACCCAACCAAGGAUCCAAACCUGUGUCUCCGUACAGUGGCUACACCGGUCAGCUGCGUAGUUCAGUGUACCAACCCACUGAGCUGGCUCUCAUCACCAAACCAGCAGGAAAUCGCCCAUCAGACUCCUAUGAAACUAUCAUCCCAAGAGCAUCUGCCACCUCUGCAGCCAGCAGCGGGACCAGCACUCCGUCCACACACACUGAGAAUGGCAACACUGCACACACACAGACUAACGGAAAUAGUGGUCUCCAUAGGAUGUCCCAGUGGUGAACUCAGCCUUUGAUUCUGAAUCCAGUUAAAAUAAUUUCAGCUUUUGUAUUUUUUAAUUCUCACUUGGUGACUGUAUGUUUGCUGUAACCUGUGGUUCCCUGAUCCAGUUCGGAGAGGAACCACCAACCCAAACAAGUGGAGGUGAGCACUGGGUCAUCUCUACUGACAGACAACAGCCAAACCUUCUGCUGCCUGAUUACCCAUGAUCCUCUGGGUAUCAGACAGUAUACAGCUUCAUUUGGAAGUCAAAGAGCGUGGAUGAAGCCGCGGCUUUGCUGCAGAACAAAGACUUUUUGCAAUGGUUGCCAGUCACUGAGGGUGAAUUUUGAGCUCUCUGUUAGACUGAAUCACACAGAUGAAUGACGGUGCUGAUGGCGCAAAAACAACUGAAGAGUCUGGUCUCUGUAAAUAUUGAGACAACAUGAUGUUCACAAGUACAUAAAUAGUAAAAAUGGACUCGAGCCCUGUGCACAGAGCAUAAAUACUGCUAAUGGAGCAAUCCAUGUUGAGCACUGAAUGGAAACACAUACUGAGAACUGCAAACACUUCGAAUUAAAGGUAAUAGAUUAAAUUAUAGGUUCCAUUAUAGCCUGUUUGUGCCUGGAUUGUGACUAUUAUUGCCACAGAUGUGAAACUGAGCUGCUGUUAUCGAUUUAAUGUAAAUAUGUUGUUAAUGCAUCACUUGUUCCUCACUGCAUGAUUAUGUAUUUAAAUAAUAUUAUUUAUAGCACUAAUGUGUGCUAUUUAAUUUUUUUGUCUAAUUCCUACCAAUCAAAGAUAAGAGCUGAAUUCAGUUAGCUUUUGUUUUACUGCAUAAUCUCUAUUUUCUUCACAGAUGUGAAGCAUAAACUGGUUUUGUACAUAUUCUGUGCUAGAAGCCUAGAACUUCUUGACUUUUUUGUUAGUAUUUAAUAUAAACCACAUCAAAGCAUCAUUGACAUUAUGGGUGAACACACAGAAAAGAAUAAAAAGUUAAAUUAUC